AUGUCAACCACUACCUGCCUUCAGCUCGCCGAAGCGCGAAAUGAGCGAACACAUUUUCGUCGCUGCUUCUUUUCUGAGCCUCCAUCUCAUGUCCCUCAUCAAUUAAGAGAGAGAAAUUUUUCUCAGAAGUCCGAGACUGUGGCGACAAGGCAAAAGGUACUGCUCCUCAAAGGGGCGCAGGAGCAAUACACCCUAGUCGACGAUCAUAGUGUUCCAUCUACUAUACAUCCUGGUGAAAUUCUAGUCAAAGUACUGGCAAUCGGCCUCAAUCCAGUCGACUGGAAGGGACCUGCGUUCAACUUUGGCAUUCCCGGCUUACCAUGGAUCAACGGUCGGGAUCUGGCAGGACUAGUCGUCCAAGUCCCCAAUGAGUCGUCUCGUCUUCGUGUUGGCGAUGUCGUUCUGGUGCCCUCAACAGACUAUCGUGACAUUCGGAAAGCAGCUUUUCAAGAGUAUGCAGUUGCCACCGAUUUCAAUGCUGCUCGCAUCCCGUCUUCAACUUGUAUCCAAGCUUCUGCCUCGGUCGGCGUUGCCUUCGUCGCUGCUGCCCUGGGUUUAGGCGUUUCAUUUGGGCAAGACUUUUCCCGUCUGAAGCGAAGUCCUGGUCCAAACCUGAUCGAAGUCAUCAACAGGCUUGAAAAGAGCGAGAUCCCACGUGACAUUCACGAUGAAUGCUUUGCUUCGUCGUCGGAGUCACAACGGCCGCAGCCCGGUGAAUGGAUUGCGAUCUGGGGAGCCUCAACAACUACCGGCCUUGUUGCUCUUCAGCUGGCUAAACUUGCUGGUCUACGAGUCAUCUGUGUGGCUGAUGUCGCGAGACACGGGGCUAAGCUUGUGCAGUCCGGUGCCGAUUUACUCGUUGAUCGCCUCGAUACCGCCCGCGCGGUAGAGAUUAUCAUCGGUGUCACUGGUGGUAAGCUGCGGUUUGCAAUGGAUGUCGUUGGCAAGGAUACAGCUUCACUUCUUCAGAAGGCCCUCGAUUCUUCUGGACACUCACAUCUCUUGGGUCUUACAGGACUGCCCAAGGAGCAAGCUCCAGGUAUCCACCAUCACACCGCGCCCAUAAAGUUGUUUCAUACAGCACCUACCGUGGGUGAGGCCAUGGUAACCUGGUUGGAGGAUUUGCUCAGUUCUGGCAAUUUGACAUUGCCAGAAAUUAUCGUGGCGGAAGGAGGAUUAGAAGGAAUCAAUGCAGCAUUGGAGGUCUUGCGGAGUGGAUCGGCCUCUGGGAAACGCAUUGUGGUGGGGCUCGGCGAGCGAUCAUAG